AUGUCUUCGGCUACGGCCUCCCUUCUACUUCCAUUAGAUAGUCGUCUGGCUCCUGCUCCUGACUCUCAGUUUGCUCGUCGGCAUCCAAACCACAACAGCACAGGCACAGGCACAGGCACAGGCACAAGCUCCCGAGGCGCAAGGCGUGAAACGGUGAUUUCAAGUGCUCACUCAAAUAGAUCAUCUACAGUUUCAGCUGAGCAAGGGUCAGCCUCUGCCUUUGAUGCUUUGAUGCUGACCAAUGUCAACGUUGUGAAUUCGGGUGAUUCGCCAGACUCUGCCAACAUAAGUAACAUCGAUAGUGUUGUCCAAUCAGUGACCAAUGCCACAAAGAGACUCUCUCAGAUAUCCACCAUAACCAAUAAUUCUACCAAGAAACGUAAGACUCAGAACCGUGUGGGUCCUUGGAAAUUAGGGAGAACAUUGGGAAGAGGCUCAACAGGUAGAGUGCGUCUCGCUAAGAAUGUCCAUACUGGGAAGUUGGCUGCGGUUAAGAUUGUACCUAAAUCUAACUUCAAAAAGUUGGAAAAUCCAAAAUAUAAGAGAGAUGGCCAACUGGAUCGAUUGCCCUAUGGAAUUGAACGAGAAAUCAUCAUUAUGAAAUUAAUUCUGCAUCCUAACAUCAUGGGACUUUAUGAUGUUUGGGAAAACAAAAAUGAUCUUUAUUUAAUUCUUGAAUAUAUAGAGGGUGGCGAAUUAUUUGAUUAUUUGAUCAAAAGAGGUAAGUUGAAUGAACUGGAAGCAAUCAACUAUUUUAAACAAAUUAUUAAUGGGAUUUCUUAUCUCCAUCAAUUUAAUAUUUGUCAUCGAGAUUUGAAACCAGAAAAUUUAUUGCUUGAUUUUGAUAAAGUAAUUAAAAUAGCUGAUUUCGGUAUGGCUGCCUUAGAAGUUCGUGAAAAAUUAUUAGAAACCUCUUGUGGUUCUCCUCAUUAUGCGUCACCAGAAAUCGUCGCUGGUAAGAAUUAUCAUGGUGCACCAUCAGAUAUUUGGUCUUGUGGGAUUAUUUUGUUUGCUCUUUUAACUGGCCAUUUACCAUUUGAUGAUGAAAAUAUACGGAAUUUACUUAUUAAGGUUCAAAAUGGUAAGUUUCUCAUGCCUCCAGAAUUAUCUUGGGAAGCUAAAGACUUAAUUUCCAAAAUGUUGAAGGUUAAUCCUAACGAUAGAAUCACUAUCGAUGGAAUUUUGAAACAUCCUUUGCUUACCAAAUAUCCUGACCCACCACAACCACGUUCAAAACUGACCAACAAUGGCACAUAUCUUAAUUCCAUUGAUUUCAAACGUAUUAACUUGAAACCAAUUGAUUCAGUUGAUUUAAUCGAUAAGGAAAUCUUAAAGAAUUUGUCUGUUCUAUUCCAUAAUUGUGAUGAACAGACAAUUAUCAAGAAGUUACUUUCACCUGCAAAUUGUUCCGAAAAGAUGUUUUAUUUCUUACUUAUGAAGUAUAGAAACGAACAUGCGGUGUCUCCAGCCUUACCAAAUACUGAGGACGGCUUCCCAUCUGAUAAGAACCAGAAUCAGAAGCAACCAUCUUUACCUAAGUCUGCAUCAGUUACCAGAACCACUUUAGUUGACCAUCUAACUGGAGAUUUGAAAACAUUCAUCACUUCACCUCCGCUGGACCCUCCCCCAAAGCAACCGGUUCCCACAAAAUCAGCAGGCUAUUCCCCAACAAAGUUGGUUACAAUACACCCUACACACCAAGCAAAGACGCCUCACCACACUGUCAAAGUGACAACCAACCAUGCAUCGCCUUCAAAGAAAAUAUUGUCCAACAUCACCAACACUGUGACAACUACUGCGUCUCCAACUAAGGUUAAGGAUCCCCAAGGAAACCUUAGUUUCAAAGCUUCAAAUUCGUUCAAUAAAAGGAAGAUAGUUAUGAAGAAAACGGGAAGUACCAGAACGUUGAACAGUUUGGUUAAUGAGAAUGUGAAUCUUUUGGAGGCACUCAAAUCUGAUUCUGAACAAAAAAACGAAAAGGAAAUUUCAACUACAGAAACACAAGGUCAUCAACAACAAAAGGGGGAAGCACAAGAUGCUCCACCUACUAAGGAGAAAAUCGCAAGAGAUAUGACUUCAAUGUCUAUAUUUAAUUUUGGAAGACAAAUUGAAGACAUAUUAGAAGGGAGAGAACAUGAAGAAUUAAAACGUCAAUCAAUCGUGUUAUUGGAGAAGCAAAAGGAAGCUCUUGCUAAAUUACAGGGUCACAGGAACGUCACAGAACCCAUUUAUAAUACUGGUGGCCUUUCGUCAUUAGACCCACGACAGAAUUCUCUUUUGAGAGCCAAAACGUACACUACACCUUCAUAUGCAUCUUUAAAGAGACGCAACGAGAAGCUUCAGGAUACCCAGGCAUCUUCGGUUUUGCAUAAACUAGGCAUUGACUUGAAAGGAUCACAGGUACUGCGUUUGUCAGAGUUACCUGAUUUAAUUGAAGAUAAGAAGAAUGAUGAAAGGGUUUUCGAUGAUACCAAAUUUACCGGUAAAUCUGGGGAUGACUCAAAUAAGCCAAAAGAUUUUGAUGAGGAAGUCCCCUUGGCGGAAUCAUCAGUAACAUUAGAGCCUCCUGCAGCUCCUCAAUUAUCUUCUUCACGCUUCAGUGGAGCACUUAAAACUUCCAGUUCCAGAAACUUGAGUCAAUUAUUAAAGCCUUUAGAGGGUACAAAUAAAGAAAGUCAAGCAACAACUUCUUCCGAAUCUACCAAAGGUUCAGCAGCAGCAGCUAAUAAUAACAAGAUUGACUUGAUUCCUAAUGUAAGAUUCUCGAGGUUUUCAAUGACGAAGUUCCUUCAGGAAGCGGAAUCAAAGUCACUUAUGACGUCUGUACCAGAGUCUACUACCCCACCACCAAUAGAAUCCAAAUCUCAUCUGAGACAAUCAUCUUCCGCUAGACAUGAAGAGCAAUUUGUCGUAGUGUCCUCUGAAAGUGGUAUGAACUUGGCGUAUCAAGAUGAUUCACCUAGUGGUAUUCGUCUUCCCUCGGAAACUGGAACAGUUGUUCACCAUCAUCAUCAUUCCAAAUCACAUCUGGUAAGAUCGACUCUGACCAGUGAGAAGAAACAAGACUCCCUUGGGUUAGGUAUUGGAGUAUUAGAUAGUUCUACAACUGGAGCAAUUGCAUCAACCACCCUCAACUCUUCUGAAUAUGGCGAUAGCUUUACAAAUGUUCAGUCUGAAUCGCUGAAUCAUGACACCACUACAUCGAGAUUAAUGGCUAAUGUCGUGCUGGAGAACUUGAAUUCUACGAGCUAUGGCCCUGUGAUGACUCUUUAUAAUAUGUCCCACCACUCGAAGAAUAAAUCCUUGGUUGAGAUGUCACACACCAAUAUGUCCGAGUUUACAAACUUUGACAUUGUUAGCAGCAGUAAUAUUCAAGUUGGAAAGUUGAAUACUUCAAACCCUCGUGUUGUGUCCAGUAACAACAAUUCCAGAGAAUAUCUAGAUAACAAUAGGAAUGCUAAUGACAGCGAAAAUACAUUCACAUACCAACCAACAAAUAUCUUGGAUGAAGCAUCGCUUUCAGAGUCAACAUUAAAUGAGUCUAAGAAUGAACAGCUUCAUUCUGCAUUGAACUCUCUGUCACAUACCUACAAUGAACAGGAAGAAGAAGAGGAAGAAGAAGAUGACGAAUUUGGCGAUGAUGCUAGCGAUAGUGAUCUUACCGAAGAUGAUUUACAUCAACAUCACGUUGUUCCACAGUUUUCCGAUAAUUUAUCAUUUACCAAGAAGUCUGGAUCACAGCAGAUAUUCAGUACUCAAAAGUUAUCGCUUGAGCUUGUCGAUAAUGAGAAGACACCACCACGUGGCGGCACUAAAGGCGUUGAUUUCAACAAAGAGGUAAUUGUUGUUGAUACUAAAGAGCCUUUACUCCCGCCUGUUUCAAUUAAGAAGGAGGGAACCAAAGCAUCUACCAUAUUCCGGAAAUUGAGUUUAAAGGCCAAACGAAAUGCUCCACCCAAGCCACAACAUCUGAUGGCUGCGGGAUCACCAAGAACACCAAUAUCGCUUGGUAGUAGCAGUGGAGGAUCUGAAAAUGGAAAGAAAACCAAUAGGUUUUCCCGUAUCAGCGUUACAUCAAGAGUUGGGUAUGAUCCUAAUGUUCCUCGGAAGACCAAUUGGUUCAAGAAGUUUUUCAAUUCGUUGACUAACUCACCUCAUUCACAGGAGAUGCAAUCCAGUGAAGCUUCGCCUAUGACACUUGCGUCUCGUGGAGAAGAUUUAAUUAAUUUGGGCACUGAGUAUUCUUCUGCACCCAUUAUGCCUACCAAAGAGAUUCAUUCGGCAUUAGCAUCUGAGGAAUUGAUGAAAGUAUUCCGUAACCAUUUGGAAUUGAAGCUUAUGGAGGGCACAAUCAGUGAAGUUGAUAUUGAUGAAGAGUUUUGUGUUAUCACCGGGGUUAUACCAUCACUUUCUGCUUUUGGAAGGAAUCUUAAGUUUAAGAUUGAUGUUUUGGAUUUGAUUAAUAGUUGUGUGGUUCAUGUUUUCAAAGUCAAGGGUUCUUCCAAGUCCUUUGAUACAUUAUAUAAUAUUCUUGCCUAUUUGGUAAAGAAGGCAGAGAUUGAUACCCAAGGUUAG